CCUCCUGCUGGGGCUGGGACCAAAAGCUGCCUUUGCUUGCACAGGAAGAGGCAAAUGUUGAAAGGAGAGCAGUUCACGCUGCAAAAGGCCAGAGAACAGCAGCUCCACUCAGCAGAGAAAAGUCCAAAAGGAGCAAAAGGUGUUUGCCACGAAGAUAGGUAAGAGCUGAAACACUUUCCUGCUUGGCUUAUUGACUCUGGCUGUUGCUAGCAAAGCUCACAGGUGUGGCUCAUAGAGACAUGCUCGUUGUACCUAACUGCUCUGACCUGGGCGUCCUGAUUAGAGGGGCAAAGGAGAAAGGAUCAAUUUGCUGUGAAUUUUAACAUUGGAGAGGGCAGGAAGGCUCUUCCUUCCUCACUCUUCCCCUGGGGGCUGCUCAUGGCAGGACAGACAUCCCCUUCAGACUGUUCUGAUCUCAUUGACCAUAGCCACGUCCCUGAGUUUGAGGUGUCUCUUUGGAUCAAGAUUACUUUGGCUUCAGCAUAUGUCUGCAUCUUUGUUGCGGGCAUUUUGGGCAACAGCAUCACCAUCAAGGCCACGAGGAUCCUGCAGCAGAAAGGCUACCUGCAGAAGGAGGUCACAGACCACAUGGUGAGCCUGGCCUGCUCUGACCUGCUGGUCAUCCUGCUGGGCAUGCCCACGGAGUUCUUCAGUGCCAUUUGGAGCCCCUUUUCCACUCCCAAUGGCAACGUGGCUUGCAAGCUCUACUGUUUCCUCUUUGAAGCCUGCAGUUAUGCCACCGUGCUGCACGUGGCCACCCUCAGCUUUGAGAGGUACGUGGCUAUCUGCCACCCCUUCAAGUUCAAGGCAAUCUCUGGACCACGCAAAGUUAAGCUGCUCAUCGCCUUUGUCUGGGGGACAUCUGUCAUAGUGGCUCUGCCUUUGCUCUUUGCCAUGGGCACAGAAUAUCCCCUGGAAAACAUCGAGGGCAACCAACGUACGGCUGCCUGUGUCAAGCCCAUGCCCAGGCAUCACCUUCCUGAUCUGAAGCACAAUAUGACCAUCUGUACCAGCCUCUCCUCCAAGUGGUCUGUCUUUCAGGCCAGCAUCUUCAGUGCCUUCGCUGUGUACAUCGUCGUGCUGGGAUCUGUCACUUUCAUGUGCCACAGCAUGAUGAAAGCCCUAAUGAUCCACAAGGAAGGAACUGUGGCAGUGAAGAGUGGACUAAGACACCAGGAGCAGUACCUAAGGAAAAGUGAGAGCUCGGAUGGCAAGAACUCCAGGAGACAGAUCAUUUUAUUCCUAGGACUGAUCGUUGCGACCCUGGCAAUAUGCUGGAUGCCAAAUCAGGUUAGAAGGAUCAUGGCUGCAGCUAAACCAAAGCAGGACUGGACUGUCACCUACUUCAGAGCAUACAUCACUCUUCUGCCCAUCGCCGAUAUCUUCUUCUACCUCAGCUCAGUGGUGAACCCCCUCCUGUACAACAUCUCUUCCCAGCAGUUCCGCAGCGUGUUUCUGCAAGUCCUCCGCUGCCAUCUGACGAUACAGCAUGCCAACAAGGAGAAGUUUCUCAGAGCCAACCUGAGCUCCAGAGCAAGGAGCAGCCGCUCUCUACAUCCACUGCUCUCCCUUUCAUCUAAGCGCAGUUCUUCUACACGGGGCAAUAACAAAGUUUUCUUAAGUACUUUUCAGAGUGCCACCAAACCUGACUGCAGUCCGCAGAAACCCAGUCUGGAACCACCAGAGCCCAGCUCGGAAGCAGAGCCACUAGAGACUAGCUCACAGGUCAGUCCAGAUGCACAAAACGGCCUUUGUGAACAUCAAGUAUGACUUCAUAA